UUUUAUUUCACAUAAUAUACAAACAUGUUUGCUUGGCAUCCAGCAUAAAUUUAUCCAAUUUGGUAACACUUCCACCUUGCUUUUGCUCAAAAUAUCCAAUUUGGUAACACUUCCACCUUGCUUUUGCUAAACAAAAGAAACCAAUACUUUUCAUUCAAAUGAAUAAAUAAGAUGAAUAGUGAUUCCAUGGAUUUUCUCUUGCUGUGACUUUCAAGCUCUUCUGAUAAGUUUUUUCAAUUCACGUUGACAAGUACUGAAGAAACUCCUUACGCCUUUAUCUUACAAGUAAUUCACGAGGUUGGCAAUUCUAUAUUUUACAAGAAACAUUCAGGAAACCACAUUUGCAUGUGUGGAUUUCGAAUAAACCCAAGAACAGAUUCAUUAAAUGGAGAAAAAGAAGAUCUUUCCCAGGAGGAGACGCUGGCAGGCCCUUUUUAGAGGUAAAGUUAUGGAGGUGCAAAACAAAACAUGCGGCAAAGCACAAGAUAAUAGAGAGGUCUGUAGCAUCAAGACGGGGGAUCUUCUUCUGUUGAUUGGCCGAGGUGAGAGGCGUAACUUUCUCUGCUGUGCAAUGAUUUGCUGAAUCUCGCUACGGAUGAUUAUGGGCGGGACUCAGAAGGUCAAAAUUGAAACAGCUGCUGUUGCAAUGAACAAGAAGUUGACAAACGCGAUGUGCAGGCACAGAGGGAAGUGAGCACAGCACUUUAUGCAACCGAGUACGAGGUACCAAUGGGGUUGAAGACAGAAGAAGCAAAUUGCCAGUCACAGUUUGAAGCAGCUGUCCGGGUCAUUCAAGGCUUACCCAAAAAUGGUUCCUAUCGCCCUUCAUAUGAAGAAAUGCUACGUUUUUACGGUUACUACAAGCAAGCAACAAUGGGUCAAUGCCAGAUCCGAAGGCCAGGAUUUUGGGAUCCUAUUGGCAGAUAUAAAUGGGAUGCCUGGAAAAGGUUGGGAAAGAUGACCAAAGAGGAAGCCAUGGCUGCUUAUAUUAUGGAAAUGAAGAAGGCAGCCCAGAAGGUCAUCAACACUGUACCGAUGGACGAAGCUUCGGAGGAUAUGUUUGUAUACUUUGAACCCCUCUAUGAAGUGAUUCAUGAUAUGCCCAGACCUCCCGAAUCCUUCUUCAAGAAAAAAUCAGACUCAGAGACUGCCUCUUUGCAAAACAGUUCAUUAGAUGGAGUUGCUGAAAUCUAUCCAAAUCCAUCCGUACAUGAAGACUGCAAGCAAGCAGGACCUGGCCUUGCCAACAAAGUUAUGAAGAGCAACCAAGUGAUCAAUGAUUCAAAGAAUGAGGUGUUCUGUGAUAGCCUAGAACAGGUGGAAUCUCAUCAGGCCAGAAGACUAUCAGCUAAACAAAACUUUCCCUUGAGCAACCCUCCCAGGAGUCAAGCUACAGAGAAAACAGGAUCUUCAAUGGACCUUUUGGCUCCAUCUCAUCUUAUACACCAGCAGACGGCCCCACCUGAGAUCAACCAAAGCCCGGAAACCAUCAGAGAAAGUCAGAUAAGUGUCUUGACCCAGAAGGACAUGACCCUGCAGGUGAUGAGCACCAUUCAAGCUUUGCAGCAGGAUAUGAAAAAAGCGAUGGAAAGACUCAACUAUUUGGAAUCAUGGGCAGCUUUGCAGCAUCCUACAUCUAUGUUGAAACCUUGCCUUCCUUCCAACGUACCUGAUGCAAAGGAACUGCCAAGUUGGCCUGUACAUCUGUCUCCUCAUACCUGGUUUUUCUUGCUGGCUUGGCCUUUUGUUGUUCAGUGGCUACUUUGGUACUUCCAGAGACAGAAGCGAUGAAUUCCUUAUUGUCGUUUGAUAAUAGUAAGGGAGAAAAACUUCCUGGAAAUGCCUGGAAAGUUGGGUUUGAACUUCAAACAUUAGACUCCUACCAACAUUUACCAAUGACCAUACGUUUCAUAUUUAUCAAUCUAUCUUGCUACAAUCCUGUGGUUUAAAGUGGAAGAUAUUUAAUAUACUUUGAUUUUCUUCUAAUUAAAUAUAAAAUAAAGAUAAAGGUGAAUGCAAAGGAAAAUUGAAGUACAGAAUCCUUAUUCAGUCAGCAUGAAGGUGCAAAAGGAAAAUGAUGCUUUAGGGGGCAACAUAUAUCCUAAUAAGCCAAUGGACUUUAAUUUUGUGGUGGUUCUCUAAAAAAGGAACCUUUCACUCUGCUUUAAUUCUAAAGUUGAAUGGCAUGGGAAUGAUAACGAACUUUUAAUUAAUCCAGGAAGGAACAUUUCUGCUACCAGUUCCCCAACAUGUAAGGAGAAAUAAAUGUGGCAAUGUCUUUUUUUGUCCCAGAGGGCUUAAAAUCAUUCCAGCUGUGAAACAGUUUGAUACUAAAUAAAGAAACUGUGGUCUCCU